UCCUUUUCUGAACGGUGACUUCUCAGCAGACCGUACAGGAUUUAUUACAAGGAAAGAAAUGCCCAUUCCCGUUGCGAAUUCGGCGCGACAGGUGCUGUGGGCAGCUCUCCUCGUCGCUCCGCUCGCCGCUUUGCUCUUCCGGUUCCCGAUCCACAUCCUCCCGAAGCACCGUGCCGCGGAGCCAAAGGUAGCCGCCGCCAUGGAUCCCAGUCCCGAGAUCGAGUACGACAUGCCCGGUGUUCUGCGCUUGCACAAGAGCGGCCGCGUCGAGCGCUUCGACGGCACCGAGACCGUCCCGCCCUCCCCCUCCGGGGACCCCGCCAACGGCGUAGCCUCUAAGGACGUCGUCCUCGACCCCGAGGCCAACAUCUCCGCCCGCCUCUACCUUCCCGCCGCCGCCGCGGCGGAGCCUGGUAAGAAGUUCCCCGUCGUCGUCUUCUUCCACGGCGGCGCGUUCAUGGUCCACACCGCCGCCUCCCCGCUCUACCACAAGUACGCCGCUGCCCUCGCCGCCGCGGCGCCCGCCGUCGUGGUCUCCGUCGACUACCGCCUCGCCCCGGAGCACCGCCUCCCGGCCGCCUACGACGACGCCUUCGCGGCCCUCAAGGCGGUCGUCGCCGCUUGCCGCCCGGGCGGCGCCGAGCCCUGGCUCGCGGCGCACGGCGACGCCUCCCGCAUCGUCCUCGCGGGCGACAGCGCCGGCGCCAACAUGGCGCACAACACGGCGAUAAGGCUGCGGAAGGAGCGCAUCGACGGCUACGGCGACAAGGUCAGCGGCGUGGCGCUCCUGCACCCUUACUUCUGGGGGAAAGAUCCGGUGGGCGGGGAGUCCGCCGACGCCGCCUACCGCGGCGGCUUUGAGCGCGCGUGGGAAGUCAUAUGCGGCGGCGAGUUCGGCCCCGACCACCCGUACAUCAACCCGGCGGCGUCGCCCGAGGAUUGGAGCCAGCUCGGGUGCGGCCGCGUGCUGGUCACCACGGCUGAGCUCUGCUGGUUCGUGGAGAGGGCGCGCGCGUACGCGGAGGGGAUCAAGAAGUGCGGGUGGGACGGCGAGCUCGAGUUCUACGAGACCAAGGGCGAGGGCCAUGUCUACUUCCUGCCCAAGCCCGACUGCGACGAUGCCGUCAAGGAGCUCGCCGUCGUGGCCGACUUCGUCCGGCGCUGUUGAGGUUGCUUCGCUUGUUCGCCUGGUGAAUGAUUCAGCAAUAAAGGAGCACAUAAUUGGUGAUUUUACUCAUGUUGUACUGAUUCUGAAUUUCUCAUGUGUAUCACAAAACUACUCUUUUUUGACUUACAAGGAGUACUGUACUUCUGAUUACACUUAA